AUGGUCGCCCAGGAUCUCACGCUGCGGAUGAUCCUCUCGUCGCUCAGCGGUUGGCUCGCCCUGGCAACGACUUGCGCUGUGUGGACACCCCUCAUCAUCAUGAAUGCGGCGAGAUUACGCGUGUCCGUUUCGCCUCGAUUCAUCUACAACUACCUAUUCGGCGACUUCGUGAACCUCCUCGGCGUCAUCCUCGGCAAGCUCCCGCCGACCCAGCUCGCCCUGGGGAUCUGGUACCUCUCGUUCUUUGGCCAUCUCGACCCCUUUGCGCCUGACCCUCAGCCAACCUUGGUAUUCUCCAAGCUGCGGGAGCGGAAAAGGGAACACCCGCGCUGGUACCGCAUCACGCUCGCCUUCAUGUCUUAUUCGCUCUGGGACGACGUCAAGCUCCUGCUCUUCUGCAUUGCUGCUGGACUCGCCGCAGGCGGCAUCUACCUUACCCUUGGCAUCUACCACGACCCCGAGCACUUUGCCAUCGAGGUACCGCGCGCAUUGGAUGUCAAGUCUUUCGUCAUGGGCCUCAUCGCUCAGGCAAUGGUAUGUCUGGCUCGCAUACCCGAGUUGCGGAGCGGCGAGAGUCGCUCGAAGGCGGGCUUCAAGCCGGUGCAUGCUGUCGACGACCCGCUGUUCUGGUUCCUGAUCGCCGAGAACUUCUUCAACCUCCUCUCUAUCGUCCUUCUGUCGAGCAACGCGCAGUACCUGCUGGUCCAGUCACCUUGGAUUGGCGGCGGCGCACUCAUGAUCCUCCUCGACUGCGUCCUCAUCUCGCGCAUCCGGGUCUGGCAGCGGCGAUGGAAAGAGCGCAAGGGUUCGGAUGGCGAGACCGGCGCGGAGAAGGAGGCGGAACGAGCCGCGCGUCUCGCCAAGCUGGACGAGGAGAAGGCUCAGCUCGAGGAGGAAUGGGAGGUCGAGGACAUGCACGUGGAGGCGCACGCGCCGGUACCGAAACAAAGGGACGGGGAGAGCAUGGCGGACUACAAGCGCCGCGUCCACGCACACGCCGUCGCUCGCAAGGACUACCUCGAGAACCAGCACCUCGUCGCCGACAUCAAAGAGCGCGGAGAACGUCGUGCCGGUCGACGCGACAAGAAGAACGACACGAGCUCGUCUGCCGUUGGGCACUUCCCUCCGCACCCACGCUCUGCCACAUCCGGCCAUCGCGCCGACGACCCAACGCCCUUCGCCCCUCGUCAACUCCAGUCGACCGACGACGAACAGCACGCAAAUGCUCGAGACUUCCUUCUUCGACCUCGCAGAUGGCUGCGUUCGACAGGCGUCGCGGAGCCCUCGGUCUAG